AUGGCCUUGAAAGAGGAGUUGUCCUAUCUCAGGUCUCUGGGUGUGGGAGCGCUCAUUUUGGAGGGGCUGUUUAGGACAGUAGUUUCUCCUGUGAAUAUCUCUGUCACGGACAAAGGUACUGCCACGUUCCCUGUGAUUCAGCAGAUCCUUCAGCAGAGCAACAAAGCAGAUCUAAAGGUCGUGUUGGACUUUUGUGAUGUGGACCUCCUGGGAGGAAUAGGAGGAAAGGACACAGAAGAGUCAAACACUUUAGCCAAUAUCAAGGAUGCACUCCGGUUCUGGUUGGCUCAAGGAGUGGCAGGAUUUACCAUCUGCGACACUGAUGAAGCAUUUUCAGAAAAGACUCUGUUAGAGUGGAGAGGAGUUCUACAAGAAUUUAACUCUCAGAACGAGCGCAUCAUUUUAGUCAAGCAGAGAAGAGAUAAUCUGCCCAACCUCGGUACCCCAAACACUACACUGGUGGACAUGGUCAUUAAAUCAAUCCUGCCCAAGUCACCUCACCUUCUGUCUGGACAAGAAGUCUCCUCUGCCAUCGAGACCCAUCUGUACAGAGCAGAUAACAGUGGAGUAUGGACCAGCUGGAUGGUUGGAGGGAAAGCAUCUGAGAAGUUAAAGAAACUACUGCUGGUGCUGUUGAUGACACUGCCUGGGUCUCCUGCAGUAGAGCAUGAUUCAGACAUCGUUCAAAAAGAGGAUAUGGCUCUAAACCAUGCUAUAAUUCUCAGAGAGGACAGUAACCCUGAAUCAGAAAGCUCAUACACAAAGAAGAGGCGACAUGUUGCCCACGCAUUGUUCACCUCCCUCAGUCACUCCAGGGCCAGGGAAGAGGCCCUACUGUACGGCACAUUCAGCUUCCUCCCUUUCCACAGCUUCAACUCCUCCAACUCCUCCAGCUCCUCCAACUCCUCCAACUCUACCGCCACUCCACCCCCUCCCGUUCUGGCCUUCCUGCGCUCAUGGGGAUGUGUCCAUUUCCUUAUUCUGCUCAAUAUUGGACCCCAGACUCGCUCCCUGGACCCUGCUUGGGCACCCAGUCUACCAGAAGCGGGAGUGUAUGUGGCCAGUACUGGGAUGGACCGCAUGGGAGCAACAUCUCUGGAAACACUGGUGCUUCGGCCACAUGAAGCCAUUGUCAUAAAACUGUUUGAGGCUGGAGGGUAUUCAUAAAACCUGUUACUGUUUCAUUAAAAGGAAAAGUAGCUGUUUUAAUUUGGGUUUUAUAAAUAUGAAUUGUAACUGGUGUUUUGUUAAAUCACAGGUAUUAAAGGUAAAGGGGGUGCUUACACAAACAACCCACUAUGAUGGAACAAGAUUUUUUUUUAUUGAAGUCAUCUACAAACAUUGUUUUCCUGCACAGGAAGAGAGAAUCACUAUGUUCAUGCAGCACAUAUUGUUUUCAUCUUGCUCAAAGUGCAGUAAACCAGUCUUGAUCUUUUUUUUUUUGUCUUGAGGUUUGUUCCACCAAAUCACCACAGGGGGGUAGUAGAGUCACAACGUGGCAAUCAAGUGAGUGUAAGUAGUAGCUCUUUAAAGGAAAUGUGAGAGCCAAUAAGAUGUAAAGCAAGUCGUUUAUACACUAAUCAAAAUUCUUCCAAAAACACAAUAGGCACAUCUCGGGCACAUUUAAACACAUGUAAUUAAGUUAAAGUGACAGAAUUUAUCACAGUGCAUUUUGCAGCAGCAUUAUUUAAGCAAGAGCAUUCACAGACAUCUCAGAGCUUUGACAACAUUGACACUAUUUUUGAUAUUUGAGUUUAUGAAAAUUACUAUCAACUAUCAUGACAUUUGAUUUUAACAUUGCAAGGCCAGUUUAGUGGCA